UCGCGCGACAGGUGAAAAGGCAAACGUUUCGCGCGUAAAAUAAAUUCAAAAUUCGAAUCGCAUUUGCGCGCCGUUCACUUUUACUCUUCUGUGUUCUGUGUGUUACAUAAGUUUAAUGUUGUUAUAAUCUGUGAAAGUGCGUGCGUGUAAGUUUUAAAAUGAUGUUUGUGUAAAGGAUAUUACGAAAAGGAUGAUAUUGUAAUCAAAAGAGCAUAAUGGCGGCGGAGACUGGAGGCUGUGUGAACAGGGCAUUCGAGGGUGUUGACGAUGGCUUCCAUACCAUCGACCUGCGGGCCACAGUCAGGAGGAAUGGCAACUACCAGGGUGACGAAGACGCUGCGUCACAUCUGUCACCAGAGGAGCGUGCGCUGAGGUGCGGCUGGGGGGUGGUCCGGCCCAGCUGGCUGCAGCGCUUCAGGACCGCCAAGUGGGCUCUCUUCUGGCUCUGCUGGGCUGGGGCUAUACAGGGAAUGGUGGUGAACGGUUUCGUCAAUGUGGUCAUCACAACCAUAGAGAAGAGGUUCGGUCUGCGCUCGAUGCAAACUGGAGUUAUAGCGGGAGGCUACGACAUGGCGUCCUUCGCCUGUCUAGCCCCGGUCACGUACCUGGGCGGGCGGACUGCGGCCUCCAAGCCGCGCUGGCUCGGCUGGGGCGUGCUGCUCAUGGGCACCGGCUCGUUGCUGUUCGCGCUGCCGCACUUCCUGGUGCCGCCGUACAAGGUGGCUGGAGAUGAGCCAGAUGACCUGUGCGAUGGGAACCGGACGCAGGCAAGCACAUGUGACGAAAGCACUUCAGAAGGUGGGGCGUGGGCCGUGGGCAUAUUCGUUCUGGCGCAGUUGCUGCACGGCGCUGGAGCGACUCCACUCUUUACUCUUGGCGUCACGUAUAUCGACGAAAACGUGUCUAAGAAGAUGUCAUCUGUUUAUUUAGGUAUUUAUUAUACAAUGGCAGUUCUGGGCCCAGCGCUGGGAUACGUUGUUGGCGGACAAUUACUUUAUAUUUAUACCGACUUCGCUACCGUCAGCUCUGAAACGUUAGGUAUAACUCCAUCGAGCUCGGUCUGGAUUGGUGCGUGGUGGAUCGGCUUCAUACUGUCGGCUAUUAUAUGUUUGUUUGUAGCUUUGCCUCUUCUUGCAUUUCCUCAUGAGUUACCAGGCGCAGCAGAGAUCCGCGCCGCCAAAGUGUCAGAGGCGCACGAGUCCGCCACCACGUCGGGCGCGUUCAGCGCUCUGCGCGAGCUGCCCCGCGCGGCCGCCGCGCUGCUCCGCAACCCCACCUUCAUGUUCCUGAACCUGGCGGGCGCCAGUGACGGUCUCCUGAUAUCAGGGUUCGCGGCCUUCCUGCCGAAGCUAAUCGAGAACCAGUUCGCGGUUAGCGCGUCGCAGGCGGCUUUGCUUUUGGGCGUGAUCACAGUCCCGGCGGGCGGCGGCGGCACGUUCGCGGGCGGCUGGCUCGUGAAGCGCUGGCGGCUCUCGUGCGCCGGCAUCAUCAAGCUGUGCGUCGCCGCCACCGUGCUGGCCGGCGUGUUCUCCUUCUCCUUCGUGCUGUCGUGUGACGACUACCCGUUUGCGGGGAUCACUGUCCCGUACUCUAGUCCUAGUGUUGGGGGUAGCAGUCUCGUAGCGCAGUGCAACGCGGGGUGCGGGUGCGCGGGCGCCGCGUACUCGCCGGUGUGCGGCGCGGACGGGCGCGUGUACUACUCGCCGUGCCACGCCGCGUGCCGCGCCGCCUCGCGCGGCGCCGCGCAGCUCUACCAUCGCUGCGCGUGUGUAGAGCGCAACGGCACGCUGCCCAGCUACGCGGAGACAGAUGGUGGGGAACCGAUAAUGUACGAAGCCAUCAACAGCACGUGUCAGUCCAAAUGUCCAUAUCUAUGGCUGUUCGUGUGCCUUACGUUCUGCAUUAUGUUCUUUACAUUUCUUGCUACGAUGCCGGCUCUAUCCGCAACGUUGAGAUGUGUCCGAGAAGACCAGCGCUCGUUCGCGCUGGGCAUCCAGUGGAUCCUGGUGCGUCUGCUCGGCACCAUCCCCGCGCCGCUGCUGUUCGGCUUCCUCAUCGACCUGUCCUGCUCCGUGUGGGGCGCGGCCUGUGACCGCACCACCUCCUGCCUGCUCUAUGACAACAAAAACAUGAGCAGGUACAUGCUAGCGCUCGCCGCGAUCGGCAAGCUCUGCACCGUGAUAUUCUUCUUCCUGGCGUGGUGGUGCUACCACCCGGGCCCCAAGGCCCAGCCGCCGCUCGACUUGGCCCAGAGCGAGAAGAGCAACGGCACUGUCCCCACCGUGGCCACGGUGAGUACCAUCUCCAAUGACCGCACCAAUGGCUAUUGCAACGCGGCGCUCGAGUGUAGUGACCAUUUAUAAAGUUUUGGACGAGAUGAAACUAUUGUCCUUGAAAUCCUAGAAUCUAUAUUAUUGUUGUUUUGACUGGAUGUAAGAGACGUUUGUGAUCGAAGAAAUUAUGAUUCCUUUGAACUGACAAGAAAUAACAAAGAAGUGUGAGCUAAUCCGGUAGAAAUACCUUAAUAUGAAUAAAGUAAAUAAUGAUUUAGUUCAGGUAUAGAUAUAUACAUUUAAUUACUUAUUUUACCCAAAUACUGUGAAUGAUUUUUAUCAUGAUGCAGUCAGUUACAAUAAAUUUGAUACCAUGAUCAUCAUAGACAAAGUGACCCCCCUAAAUGAAUCAUUUGAAAUUAUUUUUCGAACUAAAUGAGGAUCCAUUAAAAAGUUUAUGAACAGAAAGAGUAGAACAAUAUAAAGUUGGUAAAAACUUCUGGAAUUUACC